UUACUUCUUAUCACAUGUGUUUUGAUUCAAAUUCAAAUAAAUUUCGAAAUGUGUUCCUUUUGUUUCUAUAUAAAAUGAAGUAAUUCCGUCCAUUCGACGCGUGUUGUUGAACAUUUAAAAAAGUAUUCCAUCAAUUUGAGAUCUAUUCGUGUAGUAAGAAGAACCAUGGAAGUGAACAAAACGAUAAACUUGCUGAAAUCUUCCAUAUCAUCGUUGGAGAAAAACCAAAUUUACGUUCUAUCGAAACUCACCGGUCGCACUUCAGAAUCAAGAAAUAACGCUCAGAAAGUAAUAUCGGAAUUGAAACCGUACUUCGAAGCUAAUUCACCGGAUCUACGUUCGUUACAUUUAUUGCUGCUAAUCAAUACAGAAUUGGGCAUAAGACAAGAUUUAGAGAUUGAUCGUGAAGUUGGUCACGUCGUUGGUUUCAUAUCACCUUUGAGUCCAUAUUUCUACUUAUUAUGCGUCGCCGAAUACAACUUAUUGGAGUUCGUCGAAGAAGUAACCAUUUUCGCUCCUGUACCUUUGGUUUUAGAACUUAUCGAUGUAGUUUCCAAGCAUUCGAAAUAUCUUACUCCUUAUAAUAUUGUUCAAUUGCAUGAGAAACUUGUGAACGGUAUCGCAACUAGGAUGACGGUCGGAUGUCUUACUGCUGAGCAGAAAAUAUUCGAACAUUUUCCGUCAUUGAUGUUAUUUUAUAAAAUCGAACCGCCACCCGAAGAUACUAAAGUAGACGAUGAAACCUUGAAAGAGGCUGGGUUCAAGAUCCUAAGUUUACUCAAAAUCAUGCGUCAUUUAUUGAAGCUUUCGUUUAAUUUGAUUACAAUGCCACCGCGAAGUGAUUUGUACAAUAUGUCGCUUCCUCAUACCAAGUUAGCAGCAGAAAGAGGUUAUACGAUGAACGAAUGUAUCUUAUUGGAUAGCUUAGAAGUAGCUUAUUUCAAAUGCAAAGCGUUCUUGUACGAACUGGACGUUCAAAUGUUCAUGGCAUGGCAUGAAAUUCAAUUCGAAGGGAAAACUUUGCAAACUGUGAUCGGAGAAACGGCGUACUACGUUCAUCAACUUUUGAAAAUUAACGCCAAUUCGCAAAAUUUGCCUAAAAAUAUAUCCGAAUUGAAUGAAAUGCUGAGCGGUAUCGUUUGCGAACCGACGGUUAAACUAGAAGAAGAUUUGAUUGAAAAACUCUAUGCUCAACAAUUGGAACAUGUGAUUUUCUCGAAAGAGAUCAAUUCGAAUGUAUUGCAUGCUUUGAAGCGUUUCUUGAAGGAUGAAACCGAUCUAUUUGAAUUCGUUAUCACUAUAAAAAUCAUUCAUAAAUUGUGUUCGGAGAAGAAGUUACAUGAGAGCUGUCUCGAAGAUAUCAAGGAAAUCAUUCUCGCAUUGCUUCGGAAAUCCGAAUUGAACGAGAUAGCUUCUUUUUUGAGUGAUUUUUUGUCCGAGUAUGGCGUCUCGAGUAUUUUGCACAAGUCCACCGUUGAUUUAUCGGAUGUGAUAAAAGAUUUAAAUCGGUGUUACGGAGGAAAUGAUGAAGAAACGAUCGAUGAAGAACUGACAGUCAAGAAGAAAAACGAAGUUCUAAAAGAAGGUGUACUGCUCGGUUACCAGUCGCCGGAAUUCGUAUUAUCUACGUUGAUCGAACAGAGCGUUAUCGAGAGUAAUCAAAAGGAUGGUAUUUUUGAACUGGUUAAGAUUUUGGAACCUCUUUGCCUUUACGUUCAACCCGUUGAAGAAGGAGCUACCAAGAAUCCUUUAUUGAUAAAAGUGAUCGAACGAUUUAUGCGUUGCAACUUUUCAAAACUUUCGCCACCGGAGAAACAACUGUUUACCGAAUUAGUCAUUUUUCUGAGUAAUAACGAAUUAAUAUCGGACAACGAUGAGUUUCUAUCUCAGUGCGUGUUACCUUUGCUGAAUUUAACGAAUGAGAUCAAUUGGGAACUUACCACCGGUCUCUUGAAGCUAUUUAAAGAAUUUUAUGUGACGUGUAUCAAAGAAUCGAAGCUAUCUACGGUUAUAAUUCUAGCUCAAUUGGCUCAAUUAUUAGAACAAAGUAGAUGGAGUAUUGAAACAUUUUCACCGGAGCGAUUGGUUGCCUGCGAAGAAGUCAUCAACUUGAUUGAAAUAUUUUUGAAAGUUUAUUCUCAAAAGUCUGCUGAAGUGUUCGGUCAAGUCGAUAACGCAUUUGAAAAGGAGAAGCAUUGGCUGAGUAUGCAGUUGCGUAGAUUUACCUUCGUCACAAAGUCAUAUUUUCCUUACAUUUACGAUGAAAACGAAUCUGAAAGUGUCGAAUCGUUAUUCGUGUCAUUAAUUCAUAAACCUUCGGAUGUUCACGAAGAAUUGGUCAAAAAAGACACCGGUGACUCGACAAGUCUGAUGUUACCUAUUAGCAAAAUUCUUAUCAACCUAACAUCGAAAGAAUUACAAAAUAUCGUUGUGAAUUAUUCGUCUGGAAGUAAAGAACGAACGUUCUACAUAUUGAAUUUAUUAUCCGAUGCUGUGGCGUUCGUUUGUGGCACGGCGACUCAAUUUACUGCAUUUUUAAGCGGAGAUAAUCAUCCUAUUUUCCAUUGUUUGGGGCAUUUGAUCAAUUGUUAUCUGAAUGUAUUACAGGUGAUUAUCAACAACGAAUUGUAUUCUGGAGAAGAUCACUCUAAUUAUAUUAAAUGUGUGAAUCAUAUCGCCAUAACGUUGAAAUCAUUCCCUAAACAUCUUCUGCGAACGUAUCAAUUCAACGUAUUGAAAAUCGUAAACGAAAUUUUGCCUAAACUUCAAGAAAACUCGACCGAUUUGGACGGAGAUACGAGACAGCUUUUGCUCGGAUUACUUUUAAUUUAAUAUUCGAAUGUUCCUGAAUUAAAAUUACGGUUAGUGAUGCCAAGAUAUGGUUUUAUACUAAUUUUUUAAAUACUUUUUUAUAAUUAUUUUUCGUACUGCAUGAAUAAAUAUUUUCGUUAUUUUGCAUUUUA